AUGUUUCAGGGCAGCGCCAUCACCCUAGCCCAGGAAGGCGGCUACUUCGACUCCGACCAGCGCAGUUGCGCGUCCGCACCGUCUCCCGCCAAAGAGACUCUGAGACAACAGUGGAGUCGGCUCCUCUGUGUCUUCAUCUACCUCGCUGAGGAACAUCUCACGAUGCGCCUCGGACUAGGCUCUCUCGUCCCCGAGGGACCCGCACAGACGGUGCGCAACCGGCUGUCGACCAUGUUUUCCAGUCUGCUGCCCGACAGCGCCAUCUGGGAUAGCUAUUACGGCCUCUUCACCGAGACCAAGAAGGCGAGGGUUUGGGUUCAGUCGCUUCGGAAGACGGGCGGGCCUAACGCGGUUGAUGAGCAUAUCCUACCGGAGCUGGAACAUAUUGACCGAGCGUUGAGUCGCUGGCGGCGACAACAUGUCAGCCUGAAGUCAUGUAAGUUCAGUCUACUCAGCAUGUGCAUGGACCUCGAAUAUCAUUACUCCGUGAUGUACAGCUUCGCGCUGGCGAGCUACAUCCUUCACAACAUGUCGGCCGAGGACUUGAAUGAACAAAAGCGGGCAUCACUUCUGCAGCUUAUCAGUCGAGAAUCUCAGGCCAGCCAUAUAAUGUUGUCCAUGACAGUCAACAAGAUCGGACGGUCCCGAAUGAUGCGCUAUCUCCCGGUACGGUGCUGGCUGUUCAUAGUCGCUGCCGGUCUACACUUACUGAAGCUCGUCCUUAACGCCUCCUUGCAUUCUUCAUACGCCGGGGUUGUUGCGGAUAGUAACAUUGCAGUGGCGGCGGCGGAGGCAAGCUUGAACGCGGCCUAUCCUCCCGGGUGCCUGCCUACGCCGGCGCUGGGUGAUCUCAGCCUACUCGAUUUCCCUACUGGGCUGAUUAACCCCGGGGAUCCGUUUCAGUGGUGGGAAAUUGGAGGCUUUGGCACGAUGGGUGGACCGCGCAUCUAG